AUGGCACCGACCCAUGUUGCUGAACAUGAUCAACAGGGGAUCCCCAACGUCGCCCAGCUCAGCGCUAAGAUAAAUCUGGCAUCUGAGCCAACGACAGCCAGUCCGCAUGAGACGCACCCGAACGGGGUCUUGAAGUCCAAGCUCGUCCGGACCACGAAUUGCAUGCCGGUCCCCGACGACUACGAGUAUGAAUUCGCCCACAACGCGCCGCUUCCAACUGUCGACGUCCUGGGUAUCGACUUUGACGAGAGCGACAACCCCGCUGUUAUGGGGAACGAGUUCCUCGCGAGGCUCGAGGAGGCGACGAAGGAACCCGACACGUUUGCAGCUCUAUUCAUCCCGAAUGGUGCUUGGCGCGACAGGGUGGCCUUCACUUGGGACUAUCGCACGUUCAACGGGGUUGCAGCGAUCAAACAGGCUGCAGCUGACUUGCUUCCCACCACUCCAGUGUCUGACGUCAAGCCCCUCGGCCCGGCCACACUGAUCCGGCUCUGGCGCGAUCUUGCCUGGAUCUCGGUGCAGUUCUCAUUCAACACCAACCGCGUCGCUGCUAGCGGCGUCGCAAACCUCGUCAAGACCAAGGAUGGCAUGAGGCUCUGGACCCUAUACACUGUCAUCGAGGGGUUGCAUGACUUUUCAGAGCUUCCGAGCCCCCAUGGCCACCCGACGUCGUCAUCAUUGGCGGAGGCCACAACGAGGCUAAAGGCACUCGGCGUCUCGUCGCUCAUUAUCGACCGCCACGCCAGGAUUGGUGACUCCUGGAGAAACCGUUACGACUGUCUCUCGCUCCAGUUUCCUCACUGGGGCGACCACUUCCCGUACAUGCCUUUCCCUGACCAUUGGCCAACUUACACGCCGGCGCACAAGCUCGGCGACUGGCUCGAGACUUACUAUUCGGCCAUGGACCUCUGCGCAUGGACUUCAUCCAACGUCAAGCACGUCGAGCAGCUUGUGGACGGUACAUGGACUCUGACCAUCGAUCGCAACGGUACGGAGCGAGUUCUCCAACCGAAGCAGCUCGUCAUGGCCACGUCACUCUUCGGGGAACCAUCAUCUCCACUAAUUCCCGGCCGAGAAUCGUUCUCCGGCACGGUCCUCCAUUCCACCGAGUACCACAGCGGCGCACAAUUCGAGGGAAACAAGGUCCUGGUCGUCGGGGCCUCGUCUUCAGGCCUUGACAUUGCCCACGACUUGGCCGUCCGGGGGAUUGACGUGACUCUCCUCCAGCGCUCACCGACGUAUGUCAUGAGCUUGACCCACUCCGUCCCCAUGUUUAUGGACAUGUACAAGCCGGAUGGGCCCAAGCGCCCAGACCUUGAGGCAUUGGAUCGUGGGGCGUUCGGCACGCCCACAGGCGUUGGGGAGGAGCUGAGCCGUCGAUUCGCCGAGGAUCUCGAGACGCUCGACCACGAUCUCCUCCAAGGUCUCGAGGACGCGGGUUUCAAGACGUGGCGAGGGCAACGGGAGACCGGUUUCCAGACACUAGCGUACACCAACGGCGGAGCGUACUACUUUGACGCAGGAGCCUGCGAGCGUAUCAUUCAGGGCGAUGUCAAGGUCAAACAGGGGUCCCUAAGGCGCAUGGAGGACAACAAGGUCGUCUGGUCAGGCGACGACGGCGAGAGGUCGCAACAGUUCGACGCAGUGGUACUUGCAACUGGCUUCCGACCUGCUAUUGACGGCAUCCGCGCCGCUAUCGGCGACGACAUCACCAACCGCAUCGGCAAAAUUUGGGGGAUUGAUUCCGAAGGCGAGUUUCGCAAUGUCUUCCGCCACUGCGGCGUGGAUAACCUCUGGAUCGUCGUGAGCAUCCUCCCGUACGGGCGAUACCACUCGAAGCUCGUGGCAUUGCGCAUCAAGGCCAUGUUGGAGGGUGUUCACGGUCCAGUGUACGCCAAGUAG